UACAGCUGGCUAUCAAUUUUCACAAUCUCAAACAAUUUCCUGUGUGUUCAGGCCAAAUGCUUAAUUUAAUAUUCUCAAUAUUACACUUAAUAAUAUGUACGCAAUUAGUGCACAGAUUUUUAGUUGGGCAAAUUUAUCUGGCCUUAUUUUUAAUAAUAAUUUCCUUUUCCAGGUCUGUAACAAGAUGCCUAUGGAAGUUUGUUUGGGUUUGAGUUGGAACUCGACCUCGCCUCGUUGUGGACAAAAUAUCAUAAUAUUUACACGGUUGUCUGCUGUGGAUGGUGCUGUCUUGUUGACGGUUUCUGUACAUGUGGCGGGCGUCAAAUGCAAAUUCCGAGAGGUAACACGAGGAAAGAGUGCGGAAACAUUUGCUGCUCAAUCUGGAUUUCGAGGAGACACUGGGUCGUUACUCUAAUGCGACGUCCUGGAUUGAUACCUGACAGGUAUCGAAGGAGCGGCAUAUGGAGGUGAAGCGGUUGGUACAUCCUGGAGCUCGAGCUGGGUGGACGAAUGCUGGCCCAGGUUAUUGGUGUUGAAACCCAUGGAGGAUAUGCUGCCGGGCUCGCAACUCCUUGGGGUCUCUGCCUCGUCGUCCACUGGAGUGGGAGUGCUGGAUGGAGCGUCGUCAACUAUUGCCGCAUCCGCCUGUGCGCUGGGUCCUGAAGGUAGUGCUACUGGGUACGAGACGUCCGAAUUGGGGUUGGAGUUUUCCAUGGUGAAGUGGCAGAUUCUUGGGUGACAGCGUGGAAGUUCAAGCGACAGUUCGGUAGUGUGUGAGCAGACAAGCGAAACGAUGCUAAUUCGCUUAAAAUUAGAUAAGUGAUGAGAUAAGUGAACAACAAAUAUUUAUCACAGUGAUUAGUGCCGCGAGAUGACUAGAGGAUAAUUCAGUGCACGUUGACCUUCAAUUGUUCGAGGUAAACAUAUAAACAUUAAAAAUUAACAAUAAAAA